GGAGGACGCACGGCUUUGUCUAGCCGGGUGACCGUCCACGGGCGCACGCUCUCGGCCCGGUUCUGGUACGACGGGAAGAACUUGAACAAUGCAAGGGAGGACGCCGCAGAAAUGGCUCUGAACUACCUCACAGGUUCCGAUCCUGGCAAGUCGACUACGAUUCAAUCGUCGUGA